AUGAACCACAACUUCGACAUGUAUUACGACAACCCUCCGAAUCGCUCGCCGCAGCAGCAACGACAAAAUUCUUUACACCGCCAAAACUCGCGAAAUCAGUUCGAGCCGCACCAAUACCUUCCGUCUGGACUGUACACUGCGGAGGAUCACGCGAGAUAUGAUGUAAACAGGUUCGGUGAUAUGAGGAAUGCCACAAUCGGUGGAUAUGGAGGUGGAGGUUAUGACAUGGGCGGGAAUUCGUGGAACGCCGGUGCCUUCAGCACGAACAAUACCUUGAAUGGGCUCGGAGGUCCAGGCUUGAGGAAGCCACCGUCAAGAGGAGGGCGGUCGGGUAUCCCAUCUGCAUGGAUGGAUCAGGGCCCACAGAUGCAGAUGAACCAUCUCAACCCCUACAUGGGCGGACUCGGAGGUGGCAUGCGCCAGGACACGAUGGGCUCGGAUCCGGAUGAAGACCUCAUACCCACCGCCAUUGUCAUCAAGAACAUCCCGUUCGCGAUCAAGAAAGAGCAGCUCGUGGCCAUUAUGACCGAUAUGGGCCUGCCACUUCCUUACGCUUUCAACUACCACUUCGAUAAUGGCGUCUUCCGCGGCCUUGCAUUUGCGAACUUCACGAACCCUGAUGAGACGGCCGCCGUCAUUGAUUCGAUGAACCACUUCGAGCUGAAUGGGCGCAAGCUGCGGGUGGAGUACAAGAAGAUGUUGCCGGCUGCAGAGCGGGAGAGGAUCGAGCGGGAGAAGAGAGAGCGCCGCGGACAACUCGAGGAGCAGCAUAGGCCUAUGGGCCCGGCGACGCUUCAGACUCAAGCUUCCGCCAGCUCUCUGUCUUCGCGCAUGAUGAUGAACAGUUCGCCUUCGCCUGUUUCGGCCCGCAACAUGAAGCCCGGAAGCUCAUUCCCAGGUGGUUUUGGUGAAAGUCAGAGUCCACUGGCAGCACUGGAUGUGGAUCUAAAUGACCCGCAAGCCUUGCAAUACUACUCGAAGCUCCUGCUUUUCAAGGAAGACAAUGCCAGAGAUGUUCUGCCCUUCCCGCCUACACUCUCCCCACCUGAGCGCAGGAUCGUGCACACCCUUGCACACCACAUGGGUCUCGGGCACGCCUCGAAGGGUGACGCGGAUCGACGGGCUGUGCAUGUGUUCAAGGAGACUGCAAGAGCUCGCGUUAGCCCUCCUAUGGGUCAGCUCUCGAGUUUGCGCAAUGAGGACAGGCGACACUUGAACCGAGCAGCAACAACUGACUUUAGCGAUGUCCGCCAUAACGAGCAGUACUACGGCAGCGGAAUGAGACAUCAGGCUUCCGGUUACCUUGCAUCUGGCUUCGACACCAGUGGUCUCGGGCCUGGCAACAACCUCCGUGCAGCGCGCUCUGUUGCAGAUCUGCGCUCAUACACGCCAUCACCUGUGCCCUCCACUGCCAGCUUCCCAGCUGCUCUUCGCCAGAACGUUGCGAGUCUGCAGGACUUCGGGAGGGACAACGGUCAGUCGAGCACACCAACCCUCAUGACGCCCACGUCAGGUCUGGCAGAACGCGGCGAAAACAACAUCAUCAACGGCCUCGGAAAUAUGAGCCUUGGCGGACCCUUCGGCGGCUCUCCUCGCGGACUUCGUGGCAUCCCAUCCUGGGAUCGCGAGAACCCUGGCCCGAUCGGCAGCCACCGCUCCUUCAGCACGAACUUCGACGACCGCUCGCAGAACCGUGGCCCCGGCGGACCAGACCGUCAACCUCGCGGCCCACUCCCCGAGCGCGGCCCGGGUUUCCCUCGCCGCCAGAACGGACACGUCGCGCGCAACAGCGACGAGCUGUCCCAACAGAGCAGCGCGCCGGAGAUCACCGUCGAGUAG